AUACUUUAAGCCUUCGGGUUUGAGGUGUGAAAUGACCGUCACGCCCUUGGAGUGGGUCUUGGGGCGUGACAGAGUGGUAUCAGAGCACUAGGUUGUGAUCUUGAUGGGAACUUGUUUAGUGUACCUUUGGGAAUAGAUGAGUGACGUAUUAGUUUAAGUUUCAACUUCAUCUAGUCUGAUUCCUUUUAUUCCUUACAAUUCUGACUUGCUUAUUUGACUUCUUAGUGACUAAUUUAGUUACACCUAUUGCUUUAUAGGACACCAUGCCACCAAGGAGACCUGCAUCUUCCCAAAACAGUCAGGCUAAUGAUGAUGUACCUCCAAUUGAGGGUUUGCCUCCCGUGAGUGCAGAAGGGAUCUAUAGGUAUCUUGGGACACUAGCUGGUUUAGUUGAACGCCAAGCUCGAGCUGUUGGGACUAAUGUUCAGGGACAGUCUUCAUCUUUUAGGGGUAGCUCUUUUGAUGACUUCAAGAAAUUGGGUCCUCCUUACUUUUCUGGUGCUACAGAUCCCACAGAGGCAGAGGCUUGGAUCCUUAAGAUGGAGAAAUUCUUUGGUGUCAUAGAUUGCUCUGAGGAGCAAAAAGCCUCUUAUGCAGCUUUUAUGUUAGAUAAAGAGGCAGAUCAUUGGUGGCGUAUGACUAGGAGACUUUUGGAGGAUCAGGGGCCCAUAACAUGGAGACAAUUUAGGGAGGCUUUCUACAAGAAGUAUUUCCCUGACAGUGUUAGACGGCAGAAGGUGGGAGAGUUUAUUCGUUUGGAACAGGGGGAUAUGACUGUGGCUCAGUAUGAGGCCAAAUUUACAGAGUUAUCACGUUUUUCCCCACAGUUGAUUGCUAUAGAGGAGGAAAAGGCAUUAAAGUUUCAGGAUGGAUUGAAGCCUUAUUUGAAGAACAAGAUAUCUAUUCUGAAGCUUGGUGUCUAUUCAGAGGUUGUUGAUAGAGCCCUUAUAGCAGAGAAAGAUAAUGAAGAGCUUCAUCAGUAUAGGGAACAGCAAAGGAAGCGAAAUAGGAGUGAUGGUGCUCAUGGUAAUCAAGCACAGCGAAGGUCUACAUCAGGAAGAAAUCAGAAUAAAGGGAAGGCAGCGUAGAAUUUAGAUGGGGCUUGUCCUACUUGUGGUAAGAAGCAUGGGGGUAGGCCAUGCUAUAGAGAGACUGGAGCUUGCUUUGGUUGUGGGAAGUAAGGACAUUUGAUCAGAGAUUGUCCAGAGAAUAGGAAGUUUAUCAUUGGGAAGCCUAAAGAGGAAAAUAAGGAGGAUAAACAGAAACCCAAAGCCCAAGGACGGGUGUUUGCUAUGACUCAUCGAGAUGCUCAGGCCACUUCUGAUGUGGUGACAGAAUUCCAGAGAACGUAAGGUUGGAGUCAGAUUUCAGGGUUGAAGAACAAAUCUCUAUAGGUACUCUUAGUUCGGGUGAGGAGUGAUGGCUAGGCUGAGGAAUGGUCAUCAUUAGGAUUUGACUUAGGAUUUUAUGUUGGAUUUUGUUUAACUAUUAGUUAUGUUAUUUUGGAUCAUUUGGUAUUUGGAAGUUAUUUGGAAAUUGAAUUUUGAGGAUUUUAGAUUUUGUUUCCGCUA